AUGCGAGUCCUCGCGCUGGCAAGCAUACUGCCCCGCGCUGAGAACAUAAAGAACGGCGCUACACCCUCUUCCACUUCUGUUUUUCAGAAUGCAGUAGUAUACUACAUGAACUCUUUGGCUAGUCUUGGCAGUGAGCCCACCUCUGAGCAAGCAGAACCUGAUUUGAGUCAGCGAGAAGAGAAGGGAGCUAUUGUGGAGGAUGUACGGGAGCUCACUAUACCCACGGACGUUCCGAGCACAGUGGCCGAACCACUCAGUGGUGAGUCGUCAGAUUUGGACAUGGCGUUUAUGAACUGGAUCAGUGGUGUGUCAUUACGUACCGAGCAGGUUUGGCAGCAAAUGAAACAAGAUCUAACAGAAGUUGUGAGUGCCAUUUCUGUGGAGCCUAAAGACGCAGUUACCCGCACAGCAUCUUCAGUUCGUCAACACUUGUCAUCUGUUGCCGAGGCGGCCCGUAAAAUCGACGCAAGCCAGUUCCAUUUACUCCCUGAAAAUACUGCUGAUGGGAAGGAACUCAAAUCGGUACCGAACUCAGCCAAUGAGGAAUCCAAGCCCCCGGAAUUCUCCGAACCGCCCAGUUUAUCCAACCUUCGUACGGAUGUCAGCAGUUUUGUUCAAGGGGUUUUCUCAAGCCUGUUCGGAUCCGAUAAAAGUACACAUGUUCCCGUGAAGGACAGACGCGAAGCUCGUCUCCACGUACUCCGGGCCGAUCCAGCCACAUAUGAGGUAGAGCCACCGUCUCCACCCGCACACUUGAACGUGCUUAACUAUGCCGACUGGCGUGCUGCUUACUUUGAUGAAGUCACCUGCCAACCUUUGCCGGGCAUCCCGUUAUGUGGCGCCCGGAAUGCAGCGAAUGAGGGUCAUAAUCCGGACGAACUUUUGCAACCUGUGCAACCUAGUCCCGAAGAACUGUUGGAUCAGAAUCCUUUCAUGAGGACUUAUCUAUCGCAAUUGGUUCGUGUUGAGGGACAAGCCGAUAAUAAGGGGAUAACUGACGGUGAUUUUUGGUCUCGUUACUAUUAUCGCGUUUGGUUGCUGGAUGUGACAGAACAGCGUAGGCGGCGACUUGCGGAACGCGUUGGGUACAGAGCAGAUUCAUCCGUAAGCGCCACAGACACCACCGAUGGGAGUCGUUUAGGGGCGAAUGCAUUUGGCGGGGAAAAUGCAUUGAAUGUGGAGACUAGUGACUGGUUCGAUCACUCUGAUACAGAGGCACUUAGUCCGCGUGAUGCUUCCCCCGGCAAAAAAUCAACUUCGGAAAAACCAUGUGGUGCCAAUUCUACACCCUGUUUAUCUGAUAACCCAGCUGAUAGUGGUGUUACCGAAACUGCUUUGACUAGCAACAUCCAGAAAUCGGACAAGCGUGGUGGAAAACAUCGAAGGCGACGGGGAAAGAAACGAAGUGAGGUUGAUCGAAAUAGUACAAGUGAUGAAACCCUUCACUCUGACGCUACAACCAAGGCACGACUGGGGCCAGAAAGAUCUCCGACUUACAUCGACGGCACUGCUGCGGCUGUGUCGGUGGCCGGGCCAUCGAACUUUCCUCUGUUGGGCGAUGACAAUCCGAAAAAUGCAAACUCCCGCGUUGUCACGGAAUCGGAUGAACCAGUCACGUCUGGUUCCUCAUCUGUCGUCGUCCUGAGCAACAGUGAGGAUGAUCCAGAAGGAGGGUCGUUUCAUGCUGAAUCACGACUCACGCCUGCUGCGGCUGAACGGUCAAGUAGGACUCGUGGAGUCGACGCGUCCGAUGAUAAUUUGGAUGAUUGGGGUGAAGUAAGUGAAGACGAGUUCGAGACCCUGCCGCCAUCCAGCGCCGACAAGCCUGAUGCACCUCCCGCGUGCAAGGAAGCCGAAGAGGAUGACGAUUGGGACAACUGGUCCUAAUAAGCUGAAGUCAUGUCGGUCCAACCUGGAUCACCCAAUCUGAUUGCGCGCACUCAAAUUACCGCAAUAGCACACCGCGUCUUUCUUACUCCAUCUGUUUUGUGUGAUUAGUACUGGUUCAGUGUUCUCAUCAACUUGUCAUUCGUUCAUUCAUAUAUUUACUGUUUUGCUCAACGACGCAAAAAUACACUACUUUCACGCGAUCAUGUACAGUAGCUAAUCUUGACCGUUCAUUUCAUAUAUACGCUCAUAUUUCAAUCCACAAUGCUGUACUGACUGGACGAAGAAUCUUUUUUACUUGGUUAAUCCGUUUUACCUCCUUCGUAUGUUGUGCCACUUGGAUUGUGUGAUCGAACUAUCUGCGCACACUGGAAGAAUUGGAGUACGCUUUUCAAUCGUUUCAGACGGUUCUACAUGUACUCUUUUCUUACGUUGGGCAUUGUACUUGUUUUUUACGGUUUGCAAUUGUCACAGUAACGUUUCAUCCAACUGUCAAUUCUUUCGACUAACCGAUCCACAGGUUCCCAUUUGAAGACUCCGGCAUGAUAUAGUCA